AGUCACGCAAAUCGCCGUCCCGUGCAGCCGCCGCGGCCCUCCUCACCUGGCCGCCGCUGCUGUGCACCACCGCCGCCGCCGCCAGCGCAACCAGGGCAACCCUAUCAGCCAUUGCGCCGCCACUCACAGCACACCCUAGAAUUCACCAUCCUGCCGCCGCAUGCGCUAACCCGGGACCUAGCCCGCUCGCGGAUCCCUCGUCGCUUCGCCCGACGCGACCCGCGAUGCAUCGCGCCAUGCGGCUGCGCUGCCUCCUGCGCCCUCCGCCGUCUCGCAGUCCCGUCCCCCUCGCCACCCCCGCGACCGUCGGCGGUGGCGCCGGGGGAUUUGGCGCGCCCGACGGGGCACGGAGGCUGGGCGCGCCGCGCCUGCCGUUCAGCGAAGGGGGGCGGCUCUGCCGGUUCUACAGCUCGAAGGAGGGUGUCGGGAGCGCGGAGACGGCUGCGGGGAGUGGCGGCGGCGGCAGCAGCAACCAGCAGGAGCACGCGCGGCUCGGGGAGAAGGACCAACAGGAGUGGCUGAGCGGCGAGCGGUUCGUCACCGGCUGCAAGAGGCGGGAGUCGCCGUUCCUCACCAAACGGGAGCGCUUCCGCAACGAGUUUCUGCGCCGCGCUGUGCCUUGGGAGAAGAGCAGCCUCACGUGGAGCAACUUCCCGUACUACGUCGAUAAGAAUGCGAAGCAGCUGCUGACCGAGUGUGUGGCAUCACACCUGCGGAACAGGGAUGCUACUUUGGAGUACGGUUCUCGGCUGCAGUCGUCCGGUGGGAGGAUAUUGCUCCAGAGCUUGUCAGGAACUGAGCUUUACCGGGAGAGAUUGGUAAGAGCAAUUGCCCAUGAGUUACACGUGCCAUUGUUGGUUCUGGACAGCAGUGUUCUAGCUCCAUAUGAUAAUGGUGAAGAUUGUUCAGAGAGUGAGGAAGAGAAUGGUCAGGCGGAGUCAGAAGAUGAAGGCUCAGAAUCAGAAGGGGAAGAUGAAGAUUAUAAUGAAGCUAAGUCUGGUGAAAGUGACGACGACGAAGUUGGCAAAUCAGUGGAGAACCUCAAGAAGUUAGUUCCGCGCACUCUUGAGGAAUUUGCCAAGAGAGUUGUUAGUGCGCAAGAAAAUUCUUCAGCAGCAGAAGAAUCCACCGCUGAGUCGCCUGAAGAAGAGAAAAGGCCUCUCCAAAAAGGUGAUAGGGUGAAGUAUGUUGGAGAGUCAGUGCUUGUUGAAGCAGAUCACAGGGUCAUUUUGGGGAAAAUACCAACUCAAGAGGGAGCAGCAGAAUCCUUUACCUUUAUUAGCGGCAGAACUUUAUCAAAUGGACAGCGUGGAGAGAUAUACGAGAUCAAUGGUGAUCAAGUGGCUGUUUUAUUUGACCCUCCUGAGGAGAAGCUGGAUGAUGGUAAAAAUGAUGAAGCUAACAAAGAGCAAGAUGCUAAACCAUCAGUUUGCUGGGUUGACACUCAGGAUAUUGUGCUUGACCAUGACACUGAGGCGGAAGAUUGGCAUAUCGCGAUGGAAGCAUUUUGUGAGGCACUGCCAUCUCUUCAACCAGCCAUUGUUUACUUUCCGGACAGUUCACAGUGGCUUUCUAGGGCAGUUCCAAGAUCAAAUCGCAGAGAGUUUAUCGAAAAGGUAGAGGAAAUGUUUGACCAGCUUAAUGGACCUUUAGUGUUGAUAUGUGGGCAGAACAUACUCGAGGCAGCACCCAAGGAUAAAGAUCCAAAGGCGCUGAUGUUUCACAAUCUCUCUCGCCUGUCUCCACUGACAUCAUCCUUGAAGAGGCUGGUAGGGGGACUACAAGGGCGGAAGCCUUCAAAGUCCAAUGGCAUAGCGAAACUCUUCGGAAAUAAAUUCUAUAUUCCUUUUCCAAAGGAUGAUGAGCAACUGAGAGUUUUCAAUAACCAGAUUGCAGAGGACAAAAAAAUAAUCGUUUCAAGGCAUAACCUUGUAGAAUUGCACAAGGUGCUUGAAGAUCAUGGGCUAUCAUGUGAAAAUCUGUUGCAUGUGAAGUUAGAGAGCAUUAUUCUGACGAAGCAAAGAGCGGAGAAGGUCAUUGGAUGGGCUAGAAGUCACUAUUUGUCGUCAGCGAUUAACCUUUCCAUAAAGGGUGACAAGCUAGUCAUUCCCCGUGAGAGUCUGGACCUAGCAAUCGAGAGGCUGAGGGAGCUGGAGGCUUCAACUAAGUCACUUUCUGAAAACAUGAAGAUGUUGGCAAAAGAUGAAUUUGAGCGCAAUUUCAUAUCAGCAGUUGUACCUCCCCAUGAAAUUGGAGUUAAAUUUGAAGAUAUUGGCGCUCUUGAGGAUGUCAAGAAGACACUGGAUGAACUUGUUACUCUUCCAAUGAGGAGACCAGAGCUUUUCUCGCGUGGGAACUUGCUAAGGCCUUGCAAAGGAAUAUUGCUUUUUGGGCCUCCUGGAACUGGAAAAACUCUUUUGGCAAAGGCACUUGCGACAGAAGCUGGAGCAAAUUUUAUCAGCAUAACUGGUUCUAGUCUCACGUCGAAGUGGUUUGGAGACGCUGAGAAGCUCACCAAAGCCCUUUUCUCGUUUGCAAGUCGGCUAGCUCCUGUUAUCAUAUUUGUGGAUGAGGUUGACAGCUUACUUGGUGCAAGGGGUGGUGCAAUGGAGCAUGAAGCAACGAGAAGGAUGCGCAAUGAAUUUAUGGCAGCUUGGGAUGGUCUAAGGUCCAAAGACAGUCAAAGGAUCCUUAUUCUUGGUGCAACAAACCGUCCAUUUGAUCUAGAUGACGCUGUAAUACGUCGUUUGCCUAGGAGGAUAUACGUGGACCUUCCGGAUGCGCAGAAUAGGAUGAAAAUUCUCAAGAUAUUACUUGCCAAAGAAAACAUAGAAUGUGAAUUUGGAUUUGACGAACUAGCCAAUGCAACAGAAGGUUACUCUGGGAGUGACUUGAAGAACCUAUGCGUAGCUGCAGCAUACAGGCCAGUUCAUGAACUGCUAGAAGAAGAAAAGAAGGGGGCUGCGGGCAGUACGAAAACUUCUUUAAGGUCCUUGAAGCUGGAUGACUUUGUCCAAGCAAAAGCCAAGGUGAGCCCAUCCGUUGCUUUUGAUGCCACGAGCAUGAACGAGCUAAGAAAAUGGAACGAACAGUACGGCGAAGGUGGCAGCAGGAGUAAAUCGCCAUUUGGGUUCGGCAGCUAACACGAUUCCGGUAGCAAUUUUGCCACACUGUAUCACUUGUAGUACCAAUGUGCUCCGAUUUAGCCAUAGGGUGUCAGAUCGGCGAUAGCGCUAUUCCUUUGAAACUUUGAUGUGCGCCUUUUGCGGUUUUGCCUACUCACUUAUGUAGAAAUGCAUGCUCUAGCCAAUACAACCAAAAAAUCAAUCUAAGAGAGAGGGCCGGACAUUAUACUCCAACACUCCCCCUCACGUUUAUGCUCCUUUGGAGCUAUAUGACGUGGGCAGCGGAAGCGGGGGCAGGCCGUAAUUAUUUAUUGCGUUUACUGGGUUUUGAACCCUGAACCUGUUGGUUGUAAGUUUAUGCACAUCCAUCAGACUGAUCUGAUGGAAGAGACUAGGCAGCACAUUAUACGUCAACACUCUCCCUCACGUGUGGCUUCUUCAGGCCUAAACGUGGACCGAAAGUGGGCUGCAAUUUAAUUGCGCCAGUCGGGUCUUGAACUCGAGAUCUUUUGGCUCUGAUACCAUGUACAAAUGCAUGCUCUAGCCAAUGCAACCAAAAAACCGAUCUGAGAGAGGGCCGGACAUUAUACUCCAACAACUUAGAGGCUUAGAGCCCUAUUUGAGCGGUACUACAGCGGCCCUGUUUUGUUGAGAAACACGCGCUGAUGAACACGGAAGUUUCCUGAGCCUGUGUGAUAGUGAUACACGGGGUUGCCCAUUUAUUGUGUUGUACGCUGUUGCCGCCGAGGCCUGAUCAAAAUGUAAAUAGAUCCAGAAAUUUUGUACCCAGAACAGCUGACAGUGUACGUCUCUAAGAUAAACCACAUAUUCUGUUGCUUCGUUU